GGCUGGCUGGUGGGGGCCAUUGGGUCUUUCCUUGAGGAGCUGCUGUCCAGCUCAGAUCCCGCCGUGGUGCUGGAAGCUGGCAGGACACUGCUGGAGGUUGGCCACUGGUGCUUCACAAUGCCUGUCAACUAUGGCAGUGGCCAGAUAUCGGCCAGUGGAUGGGUCGCCAAGGCCAGCUCUGCCCUGCUGUCCCUGUGGGACAAGCAGAACGCCCUCCCUGCAAGGCCAGACAUCAUCGUCGCCGUCACCAAGCACCUUUGCGACUUUGAGGCACCCUUUCUUGGAGCAAGGUCUCAGGGCGUGCUCGCCCUCAUCCCCCAGCUGCAGAAUGCGGAUGACAGAGUCAGGGCGCUGGCCCAGGUGUGGCACGCGGUGCUGGUGACGGAGUUGAGAAUUCGCAGUGAGAGGCGGGCGCGGGGCGACUCUGCAGGCCAGCUCAUCCUGCAGCCUGUGCUAGAGGGGGGCUUUGUCAGCAGCAUUGUGUCUGGCACCAGGAACCCAAGAAUUGAACCAGCUCUGGCCGCUAUGAUAUCCAGAGCACAGUACCCGGCCUUCAAGGAAGAGCUUGUGUGCAGCUUGCUGCAGUCGCUGAUGCAGCUCAUGAGCGUGGACGAAGUCCAGGAGGCAUUCGCGGAGGCCGAUCCAGCAGUUUCUCAGUCAAGCAGUGCGGCUGCCCUGAAGUCCGCGAUCAAGGCUGAUCGUCAGUGGCAGGCUGUCGACUGGAUGGCCGCCACAGUUGUUGCACUUCAUGAAAUGCAGGCGUGCCUUGGCUGGGAACCUGAGGUUGUGGAGUUCCAGCUGGGAAUGACGCUGCCGUCCGACCUGUGGCUGCAGCUGCUGCAGGCUGUGGGCCACACCCUGCACCUGAUCCUCCAGUACUUUGGCACAACGGGGGUCAUACGCGUGAGGAAGGAGGGUGGCAAGAAAAACCUCAGCGAUGCCAACUCUGUCAGCCUGCUGAAGACAGCUGCUGCGGAAGGGGCAGAGAUCCAAAAGAUGAUGAGAAGGAUGCUUACCUACUGGGGAUUUCUCAACCCUGCUUUGCAACCUCGAGUCCUUUGGAUCGUUACCCGGCACCUUGAGAUGCCUGCAGAGUCUGGCCAGAUGUGGGGGCAAAUGUUCAUGGCACUCAAUGAUGUCCUGCUGGUGCGGCCGUCGGAAGCCCGGAAAAAGGAAAUCAGAGACAGGGCAGCAGCUGCAGCGGAGGGGAGGAUGGCCCAGAUGCAGUCCAAGGGAUCUGGUCCCUCCACACCUCGAAGCAGCCGGCAGCCACUGGCGAUGCCACCUUCGCUAGACCACGCUGAGGUUGCCCUUGAGGGGCUGGUGGUGGGCAUGGCGUGCCUGCGCUACCAAGCGGACCUGCUGGCCCAGCACGCCAAGACUGCGCUGCCACCCAAGACGCUGGCUGGUGUGCGUCAUGUGGCACACAACCUUGAGCAGAUCUGCUCCAAACUGCAGGACAAGGAGCACUGCAGCGUGGACAUAAGGGAAAUGUGCAGCAGCAGCCUGCAGGUCCUGGCCAAGGCCUCUGAAGUGCAAGGUUCUGAACCUGAUGCGGACGGUGAGCCGAUGGAUAGGGGCGCGAGCACUGGGACAUCGACUCCCAAUGAGAGCGACCCAAAUCAGCCCAUGGCUUCCCCAAGGCCGGAAGCUGGUAUUCUUGACAGACCACCUGGCCAGUGCAUUCUGGAAGGCUAUCCAUUCGGAGCCCCCAAAUCACAGGCUACCCGGCACGCCAAGCGCGCUCGUAGGCAUCGAGCGCUGGCCUCCUGCGUACAAGAGGCUGUGAGGGGAGCCUUCAGCCAUGGCAGUGCCAGGCCCGUUGGAGACGAUCCACCACCUGUGGUGGGCCAGUCGAGUCCCGAUGAGCUGGCUGCUGCUGUGGGGGGACUGGGCCUCAAGGUGGAGGACAGUCGGGCUGGUCAUGCUCACGAACUCACAGGCCCUGGGGACCCCGUGCGCCUGACGGCUGAGCACAGGGUGAACUGCGGGGCAAGGUCGGUGACCAUCACACUCAUCACAGAAAACCAACUGAGUGUCACCCUUGAAGGCGUCCAGCUUGGAAUUGCUGUCGAAGGACCUGCGUCUGCACCAGAGGAGCGGAACCUGAACACAUCGUGGAACAUCCCCCCGCACGAGUCGAGGAUGCACCAUGUUGAGCUCAGCUUGUUCGGCUUUGGCCGUGUGGAGCUUCAACUGAAGGUCGACCUGCUGGCCAGUGGCUCCCCGGUGCUGUCAUGCUCCCCGCACAUAGUUUCACUCGUGGACUUCUUGAUGCCACUGGAGGAGCCAACGUCACCAGGCGAUUUCUAUCGAGAGGUGGAUGUGCUGCCUUCUUCUGCACAUUUUUCAGGUGUGUGCCGGUGGCCUGGCUCAGAAGGCGGCCUCAAGCUCCUGUCUGCCCUGGAGACCAAGCCCCUGAGCAGGGUCCUACCCCAACAGCUGAUGUCCAUGGGCAUCAUCAAUGCCGCCUACGUGGCAAACACCACCCUAGGGGACCGGGUUGCCAUCAUGAUAUCAGGGCAGCUUCUGGACAUGUGGACGCUGGGGCUUGCCCAAAGGGCGGCACACAGCGGGCCAGGGGCGGGAUACCACUUUGUGUGCAGGAUCACGGUCGCCUCCAGCAGCGAGAAGGUGAUUGCUGCCAUCAUGGAGUCCCCGAGCGACUUCCUGGCGGACGUCUCCGACGGCGGCCUGGCGCUGGGGCUCAAUCCAGGGGGCGGCCCGCCACCGCCCUCCACCCCCAUCCAGGGCUGCCUCCUCCCUGACAGGCCCCUGGGCCCAGACCACCAGGACGGCAUGGAUCUGCAGUCUGUCGUGUUCAAUGAGUGGCUGCGGUUACGUUCAUAG